AUGGUCCUCGACCGUCUUCAGCAGCUGACCUUCCAGGUCACGGCCACCGCGCCUCCGCCUCAUCCGCUGGAUCCCUUGUCGACGGCAGAGAUCGAUACCGCUGUUGCUCUGAUCCGCGAGGAGCAUGGCAAGGUUAACUUUAAUGCCGUAACCUUAUACGAGCCGCGCAAGGCGGAGAUGAUGGCGUGGUUGGCGGAUCCGCAGAAUGCUCCCCGUCCUGCUCGGGCUGCUGAUAUCGUUGCCAUUGCCCCGGGAGGUAAGGUGUACGAUGGGGUUGUCAAUUUGAAUGAGAAGAAGGUUGUGCAGUGGAAGCAUACGCCGGGGGUGCAGCCUUUGAUUACCAUGGAGGAUUUGCAGGAGGUGGAGCAUAUUGUGCGGAAGGACCCGAAGGUCAUUGAGCAGUGCGGGAUUGUGGGCAUUCCGAAAGAGGAUAUGGAUAAGGUGUACUGUGACCCCUGGACGAUUGGCUAUGAUGAGCGCUUUGGUACCGAUGUUCGCUUGCAGCAGGCUCUCAUGUACUACCGUCCUCAUGUCGAUGACUCCCAGUACACCUAUCCUUUGGAUUUCUGCCCCAUCUUCAACGCGGAAACCAAGGAAAUCAUUCACAUCGAUGUGCCGCCCGUGCGCAGGCCUCUCAGCAACGCCCCUCCCAAUAACUACCACCCUGCUGCAAUUGAAGCGGAGGGAGGUUUCCGGACAGAUUUGAAGCCCAUUCACAUCACGCAGCCCGAGGGUGUCUCCUUCACAGUCAAAGGACGGGAAAUUGAAUGGCAAAAGUGGAACAUUCAUGUGGGCUUCAACUACCGGGAAGGCAUCGUGCUUAACAACAUCACCUUCAACGACAGAGGAAACGUACGGCCUAUCUUCUACCGUCUUUCACUAGCCGAGAUGGUGGUUCCAUACGGAAACCCCGAGCAUCCGCACCAGCGAAAGCAUGCUUUUGACCUGGGUGAAUAUGGUGGUGGUUACAUGACCAACAGUCUGUCUCUGGGCUGUGAUUGCAAGGGCGCGAUUCACUACAUGGAUGCGGCAUUUGUAAACCGCGCAGGUGCUAGCACGAUCGUGAAGAACGCCAUUUGCAUUCACGAAGAGGACAACGGCAUCAUGUACAAGCACACAGACUUCCGUGACGAGUCCAUGGUCGUCACUCGUGCUCGGAAAUUGAUCAUUUCCCAGAUCUUCACUGCUGCCAACUACGAGUACUGUGUGUACUGGAUCUUCCACCAGGAUGGAACCGUCCAGCUGGAUAUCAAACUGACUGGUAUUCUCAACACGUAUGCCAUGAACCCCGGCGAGGACACCCAUGGCUGGGGCACCGAGGUCUACCCCGGGGUCAACGCCCACAACCACCAGCAUCUGUUCUGUCUGCGAGUCGAUCCCAAUAUCGACGGCCCCAACAACACUGUCUUCCAGGUCGAUGCUGCUCGUGGUGAGGGAGAAGUUGGAAGCGCCGCGAACAAAUACGGCAAUGCUUUCUAUGCCAAAAAGACCAAGUACAACACGCCGCUGGAAGCCAUGUCGGACUACGACGGCAACACCGGCCGCACCUGGGAAAUGGUCAAUACCAGCAAAUUGAACCCUUACAGCAAGAAGCCUGUCUGUUACAAGCUGGUCAGUCGUGAGGUACCUCCAUUGCUUCCUAAAGAAGGCAGCCUGGCUUGGAAGCGGGCCGGCUUCGCCCGUCAUGCUGUUCAUGUCACCAAAUAUUCCGAUGACGAAAUUCACCCUGCCGGCCGCCACGUCCCACAAACCUCGGGUGAGCCAUCUCAAGGCAUCCCAGCCUGGAUCGAAGCAGCCGGACCUAACUGCUCCAUUGACAAUACCGAUGUCGUCCUGUGGCACACAUUUGGCCUAACCCAUUUCCCGUCUCCCGAAGACUACCCUAUCAUGCCUGCAGAGCCGAUGACGUUGCUUCUUCGUCCGAGGAACUUCUUCACUCGGAACCCGGCAUUGGAUGUUCCUCCUAGCUUUGCUCGAACUCCGUCUCAGAUUGCGGCUGGUGGUGCGGCAUUCCGGAAACUAAAGCAGAGGAUCCUUCGAAGUAAUAUUAGGAAUCCGAUAGCAACACUGUUAAACUGGGAACAAUACAACUUGAGCCUGCAUCCGAAGAUCCAUUUGGUAGACAACCAGCUCAACCGGCAGAGGCUGCGGCGCCGUGCUGCGCUGCUCAAGCGGCGCAUGACCGCAUACCGCCGCGCUCUUUCGCCGGAGGGACUGGCCCCCUCGCGGCCGACGUGCUGCGCGCUUGGCGCCUUUGGCGGGCUGCGCCGCCCCCUCCAGCGUCGUGUUCGCGUUUUGAAACGGCAGAUGGCCGCAUUCCGGCGGGCCCAGGGGGAACUGGGAGAGCUCUCGGUGGCUAAUCAAGCGCAGCUUGACCAACAGCUCGGCAUAUCUGAGCCGCCGGAACGUUCGCCGUCGCUGUCGUACUGGUCAGAUGCGCGUGAAGAGCUGGAUAAUGCCAGCCCUGCGUCCUCGGCGACGGUGACCCCUGGUAGCUCCUCUGUGGUUGCGCGCGUCGGGGGCCAUAUGUCCGUCAUCUUCCCUUGUGGUGACGAGAUUGUCUCUGUUAUGUCACCAUCCCAGCCCAGCAACGACCUCGACCAUAAUACCCAGUCCAAAGUCACCAAGGAGUUCGCCAAUUAA